ACCGAGGAGGUGGGGGCGGAGCCUAGUUCAGCAAAUAAAACCCCUCGCUAAAAGGGAAUCACGUUCGUGUGUGGAGAAACCACUCCGCUGUAACCCAGAGAGAUGGGGCAAUCUGUGCCGUAGGACGGAGAUCGGAAGAAGGGAAACAAGGGCAAGAUCAGCGAGAAAAGAGGACAUCUGGAAAAAGCGGAAGCAGAAGACCGGGCAGGGAAAAGAACCCCAUAGCAGCUGGAAACCAGAUUUAGAGCAAAACGGUCAGAUCCACGGUUUUCUGUGUUUUGUUUUUCUGCAAGAGAAGAAAGUACCUGAAGAUUGCCUCUUCCUCCCUCCCACCCCCCCACAGUUAAUGAAAACUACUCUUGUCCUCAUCAUAAAAGAAAAGACUAAGGGGAGGUAAAGGCAGUCUGUUUUAUGAGGAGAGCUGAAGGGAAAUCCAGACUCUGUUUUUGAAGCGUCUGAGAUAAGCCACUGCCUGGUACACAGAGCAGACCGUCCUGGUUUCUGAAGAUACAUCCCUCUCAGCAGAAUUCCAGCCGGAGUCGCUGGUACCGCUCUAUUUUUAUAUUUAAAUAUACCUGCCUUUCCCCCACCCCUUUUAGCAACACUUUCCUUGUUUUUUUAACGCGAGUGAGGAGGAAGCGUCAGUCCAAAGUAGGGGGAUAUUUUUCUUCUUCUCUUUUAUCUGCUUGUCCUUUUUAGAGGGUAGGAGUGGUCCCUGUUUCGGGAAGGGACGUUUUAAUUUAAAGGCUCCUUCUCAAUAUAUUUACACGCAUACGCAUUUAGAAAGAGAGACAGCUUUUGGAGGCUGAGAUCCUAGUGAGAAAAAUGGAAAAAGGAGCCAGGCACCGAAACAACACUGAAAAGAACCACCCAGGUGGGGACGAGUCGGACGCCAGCCCGGACACUGGUUCCGGAGGGGGCGGAGUAGCCCUGAAGAAAGAGAUCGGAUUGGUCAGUGCUUGUGGUAUCAUUGUAGGUAACAUCAUCGGUUCCGGAAUCUUUGUGUCGCCCAAGGGUGUGCUGGAGAAUGCCGGCUCUGUAGGACUCGCCCUCAUUGUCUGGAUCGUGACAGGUCUCAUCACAGCUGUGGGAGCCCUCUGCUACGCUGAGCUCGGGGUCACCAUCCCCAAAUCUGGAGGUGACUACUCCUAUGUCAAGGACAUCUUCGGAGGACUGGCUGGGUUCCUGAGGCUGUGGAUCGCAGUGCUGGUGAUCUACCCCACCAACCAGGCUGUCAUCGCCCUCACGUUCUCCAACUACGUGCUGCAGCCGCUCUUCCCCACCUGCUUCCCCCCAGAGUCUGGCCUUCGACUCCUGGCUGCCAUCUGCUUAUUGCUCCUCACAUGGGUCAACUGUUCCAGUGUGCGGUGGGCCACCCGGGUUCAAGACAUCUUCACAGCUGGCAAGCUCCUGGCCUUGGCCCUGAUCAUCAUCAUGGGAGUUGUACAGAUAUGCAAAGGAGAAUACUUCUGGCUGGAGCCAAAGAACGCAUUUGAGAAUUUCCAAGAACCUGACAUCGGCCUCAUCGCACUGGCCUUCCUUCAGGGCUCCUUUGCCUAUGGAGGCUGGAACUUUCUUAAUUACGUGACUGAGGAACUUGUUGAUCCCUACAAGAACCUUCCCAGAGCCAUCUUCAUCUCCAUCCCACUGGUCACAUUUGUGUAUGUCUUUGCCAAUGUCGCUUAUGUCACUGCAAUGUCCCCCCAGGAGCUGCUGGCGUCCAAUGCAGUCGCUGUGACUUUUGGAGAGAAGCUCCUUGGGGUCAUGGCCUGGAUCAUGCCCAUUUCCGUUGCUCUGUCCACAUUUGGAGGCGUUAACGGGUCACUCUUCACCUCCUCCCGGCUGUUCUUUGCUGGAGCCAGAGAGGGCCACCUUCCCAGAGUGCUGGCCAUGAUCCACGUGAGGCGCUGCACCCCAAUCCCAGCCCUGCUCUUCACAUGCAUCUCCACCCUGCUGAUGCUGGUCACCAGCGACAUGUACACACUCAUCAACUACGUGGGCUUCAUCAACUACCUCUUCUAUGGGGUCACGAUUGCUGGACAGAUAGUCCUUCGCUGGAAGAAGCCUGAUCUCCCCCGCCCCAUCAAGAUCAACCUGCUGUUCCCCAUCAUCUACUUGCUGUUCUGGGCCUUCCUGCUGGUCUUCAGCCUGUGGUCGGAGCCGGUCGUGUGCGGCACCGGCCUGGCCAUCAUGCUGACAGGAGUGCCCGUCUAUUUCCUGGGUGUUUACUGGCAAAACAAGCCCAAGUGUUUCAAUGACUUCAUUGAGUUGCUAACCCUGGUGAGCCAGAAGAUGUGUGUGGUCGUGUACCCCGAGGCAGAGAGGGGCUCAGGGACAGAGGGGACAAGUGAUGACAUGGAGGAGCAGCGGCAGCCCAUCUACCAACCCACUGCCACCAAGGACAAGGACUUGGCGGGGCAGCCCCAGCCCUGAGGACUGCUGUCCCUCAGUAGCUACUCCCCCCUUCAUCCCCUUCCUGCCUGCCUUCCCUGCCUGGGUCCCCCCAACACACACACACACACACACACACACACACACACACACACACACAUGCACGCACCUCUUUGCUUCUGUCAGGCAGGGCAGGACCUGGGUGUGGGUGGUGAGAAAUUAUCAACAAAGACACUGACAUUUGUACCCAAAGAACCUGCCUCUCACCCCAGUGCUGCCCACACUCAGCUGUUAGAGAGGAAUGGAGAUGCUGAGGGCACCCGUAGGCCCUCCCUCCAGGCCGCAGCCUCAGCUGCCUCCUCAGGAACCGAGUUCACCACUGCCUUCCCUCCUCCUGAGCCCAGGGAGGCCUCGGUUCAGAGAGCAGUGGCAGCCACAGUGAGUUGGCUGGGGGUGGGGGGGAACAGACUCAAGGAAAUAUACAAUCAGUAAGGGUUGACUGGAGAGACCCAAACCCCUCUCUGUCCACCAGGGGCCCAAAGUCAGGGGGGAUGCUACCCUCUGCCCUCUUUCCCCCACUCCCGCCCUACCUCCACCCGCCCCAGCCUGGACUCCCUGUCAGAGUAAGGCUCCUUUCAGGGCAACGGCUCCCCACUGAGAAGGGACCAAGGAGAAGGAGAGCUGCCCAACCCCUCCCCUCAGGCCAGGCCUGUGGAAUGGAUUGAGAAAGGCUCGGACUGCAGAGACCCAGCCCUGCCCCUGCCCCCUGCCUCCUGCCCCAACAUGGUGCCAAAGCUUCUGGAAGCCAGAAAGUCUUGUUACUCUUAAUGUAGUGGACAUCUCUCUCCUGGUGACAAAGCAGCUCAGCAGCUCCCCACCCUAGGGAAGGAACAGUCACCCUGUCAGCCCUGCAGCCACAACCCAGCAUUCCCUGAGCCUGCGCUGCUGGCCACCCCCACCAGGCCUCGUCCUCCUCUCUGGACCUUGGCUCAGGGACUGGGUGUGAAGGAUCCCCAAGCCCUUCAGGCCUCAAAUCAGAGCCAAAUUAGCCUUAAAUCGCCCCCCCAACCCCCUCUGGUCCAAGAACUGGGCCUAAAAAUACUCCCUUAUUUCUAACCCUCAGGACAGACCUGGCAUUAAAUGCCUCCCCUGGCAGGAAGGGUACUUUCCCACCUCCCCAGAGGGGCCCAUUCCACGUCCUCAGAGACCAACCAACCGACCGUGUGGGGGGAGCCUGGUUUCCAAAGGCCAGUUCCCCACCCCUCCCCCAACUUGUAUAGCCCCUCCCUCCUCUCCAGUCCUACCACCAGCCUGUCUUGGGACAGGAUGGGAGGGCAGUGGCAGGAUGGCCCCCACUCCGGAGACCCUCAGAAAGGCCCCCUGUGGUAUGAGGCCUUCUGACUGUCCCCUGUGCUCCAGAGGAAGCCUCCCCAGCCACACCCGCUGUGCUAAGGACACAGAGCAGGAUUCUCUCUGCGCCCCACCCUGCAUUCUGUCUGCUUAAACUGGAGAGCCCAGGACCCCUCCUGGCGCAGGUCAUGUCCCCCAGCUCCCUGCCCGGCUCUCCUGCCCCACAGGUGGUGCAAUGCCGAGUUAUGGCCCCUUCCAUGUAGAACCAGGCAGGCUGAGUUGGCCCUGGAGGGUCAGGGGACCAUCUUCCUGUUCCUUCCCAUUCCUCCAACCUCCUCACCUCCUUCAAUUAUUAUUUUUUUGUAAAGUGGAUGCCUUACUUUUUGGAUAAAUAUUUUUGAAGCUA